UUCGUCGACGCCGACUCACUCGACCACGUUUCAUCGCGUUCCGUCGAGAAACCGAUUCUCCAAUCUCCUUCCUGCCGUUGCGAAUCCUGCCGCGACUUCCUGCCGUUCGAAAACGACUACGUCCCGCGGGAUCGAGUAGCGCGAAUCACGGGCAUCGGUUGAGAACCACGUGGACGCGGACGUCGUCGUCGAGACGCGGAUACUUAUUCGGGUUUUGAGAUUCCUUACGACGCGACGGCGCGAAAAUCGGGCUUGCUCCAGAAUUAUGAACCGAACUUCGAUGGCCUCGUUCCCAAAACCGAAAAAGCGUCCCAUCCCAAUUAGAUUUAGUGGGACGGUCCUAUGCAUCAAAUGGCUGGCGGUAUGAGGCAAUUAGAAGAACGUCAGCUUCCAGCGGAAGUUACGAGGAUGCAAUGGUCCCCGAAGAUGGAUCUCCUAGCCGUUGCAAAUGCGAAAGGUGAAGUCACGUUGCACAGAUUAACGUGGCAGAGAGUAUGGCUGCUGAGUCCACAAGAGGAGCCCGACACUGUAGCGAAUUUGGCAUGGAGGCCAGAUGGAAAACUAUUAGCGAUCUGUUACGAGACCUCGAAGUCGAUGUGUCUCGUGGACAUCGAGAACAAGAAUAUUGUCCAUAAAACGAAAUUGACUUCGUACGAUUCCAUUUCUUGCACGGCGUGGUUACCGAUAUCGAACACGGACGAUGGUAAUUCGCCAAACGGGAAUAAACCGAGCAUGCUGCCGACAGGGGAAUACCUUCCACCUUUGCCCAGCUUAAACAGAAGCUUCGGUCAAGAAUCGGAAUGCAAGGAAUUUUUGUCUCAAAAUCUGGACAUACUUUUUCUCGGUUUGGACGAUGGUCGCGUCGCGAUGUACGUUUUCGGAAUGUUCUACUGCGGCAUUAUUUCUGUUGGUAACGGAAGGGUAGUAGAGAUCAGUGGUGGAUCCGACAAAUCGAUGUGGACGACGUGCAGGGAUGACAGCGGGAUCAAAGUCGGUAGACUGUGCUGCCCGUUGUUGGAACAGAGUACGGCGUUCUUGAAGGUAGCUCAAGCCCAAGCGAACAUCGAGUACUUGAUGGACUAUCUUUCGCGCACGCUGAUGGCGAUUUCCGAGGCGUGGGAAACGAUUCUGUUGGAGAUGGACGAGAAACUCGCGCGGUACGCGGAAACGAAUCCGCCCGGUGGGAUGGCCGCGGAUUUCUUAGAACUGUUGAUGAUCGGCAUACCGAGUCAAAACUUGGAGAAGUUUUUGCUGCACGAUUUAACGGAGAAGGGGCUGAAAAAGUUGGGACACAGCAUCGAGAUGUGUUACAGUAAUAUACAGAAACUGGUGUUAAAGAAUUUAACCAGCGUAGGGAUGGCUUUGGUCUAUCAGUUAGCCGAGAUGAGAGGAAUGGUGAGAUUCGGCGGCCCGUACGAACUGCUGGGUCUCACGGACGAAACCGUGAUAACGAACGGCCUUCACGCCACAGAAGCAUUCCUGGCAAAAUCUUCGGAGAUUCAACAAGUGAUAGAUCACAGUAUGCGCGAUUACAAAGUGUUCUUCCGGUGGCUGUACGUCGUGAUCCUGAGACUGACGGACGAACGAAUUCCGUCCGAAGCGAGUCGAAUCAGUCAACAAGAGUUGACGUUCAUCGCUGAGUUCUUACGCGGGUUCGAUAAAACGGAAUCCGGUGUGGGGGCUAGGAAGGGAGUGAACUUGGAGAAAUUAGGUCAAUACUUGCGGCGAGAGUCCUUGCAGACCUGCUUGACGCCGGAAGGGAGCGAAUGGGCAACUGUGCUCGACGAGAACCGUUGCCUUCACGAUCAUCCGCUCAUCAUCAAACAAGAUCUCAACUAUUCGUUGUUGCAAUCUCACGAAAAACUGGUGACCGCCGUGCACGACGUCUUCCGAGAAGCUUACCAAGGAUUGGUCGGACACUUCGCCCUGUCGAGCAUAGGUCUGGCACCGUCGACCGGAUUCGAGUCAUCUCAAAUCGCGACCAACGAUGACGCUCUCCUGGUGGCUACGUGCGAUGUGGAUCGCAAGCUGUUGCGAAUAUUCAAAGUGGAAUGCACGUGCGCGGAACCCGUCUCUCUCAGCUUCGUUUCGGGUACGGUGGAAGUGGAUCAAAGAUCAGAAACCCAUUCGAAAGGGUACGUAGACUGCACGGUGGUCGACUUACAGUUUUACUCGAACGAAUAUCUCAGUCUGUUGUUGCUCAACAAACAUACCCACGCGACGUAUCUCGUACAGAUGCCGUUGGAUCAUGCCCGGAUAUUUGAGAAUCGAGAUAAAAACGCGGUGAGCUUGGCCGAUCUUUUGGGCAACGGUUGGCCACGACCUUUCCAAGGUAUGUCCGCUGGAAGAAUAGCAGUGAGUGGCGCGCGAAAAGUGGCUGCCGUCCUCAGCGAGAGCAACAGGAAGAUAAGGCUAUUGGAAACCGAAGUGGAGCCCGAAGACGACGAAGAUGAAGAAGAGGAGGAAGACGGAUCGAACGAUAUAUUGAAUACCACGCGCGGAACGAGUGCGAGUGCUCACUAACAAGGGUCCGAUGAUGCGAUUAUCGUCCGUGAGCUGCCAGAACAUGAAUCGGUGAUGAUCGUCGCUGCUCAGGCAAGGAAGCUCAGCUAAAUGUCCAGCUGGAACUUCCGUUACCGUAACGAUACCUCCACUAACUUCAUUUUUCAACAGCGAUAAACAAAAACAUAUAAAACAGAUCGCAUUCAUCUGUAAAAUAAAGACAGGAACAUGAUUAGUUGGAGGAAAAUCCAUCGAUUCACAUUGUCGUCAAGCUUACAAAUGCAACGUUUCAACAUUUCAUUUCGUACUUUUAAGCUGUACAUUUUGUAAUAAACACGACGUAACACAAUUUUAA